CGCGGCACUCCCUUCUUCCCUCAAAUCCAGCGACGAUGUCCGGGCGCGGCAAGGGCGGCAAGGGGCUGGGCAAGGGCGGCGCCAAGCGCCACCGGAAGGUCCUCCGCGACAACAUCCAGGGCAUCACCAAGCCGGCGAUCCGGAGGCUGGCGAGGAGGGGCGGCGUGAAGCGCAUCUCCGGCCUCAUCUACGAGGAGACCCGCGGCGUCCUCAAGAUCUUCCUCGAGAACGUCAUCCGCGACGCCGUCACCUACACCGAGCACGCCCGCCGCAAGACCGUCACUGCCAUGGACGUCGCCUACGCGCUCAAGCGCCAGGGCCGCACCCUCUACGGCUUCGGAGGCUAGACGCGUGGUGUGCUGUGCUGGUGGCGGCGGCCGUGUUUUUCUGUGUUAUAUGUGC